AUGUGGCCUCAUUCGGACGUAACCGGAUCCGCUUCUAAGUCCAGGAAAAGAGCAGCGGCAGCUUGCCAUGCGUGCCACGCGCGCAAAGUUCGCUGCAGCAUCUCGCAGACUGGACCACCGUGCACGAACUGUUCUUUGGACAACGUGAACUGCCAGGCACGCCCGCGGCAGGGUCAAAGUCUUCGACGGCCUCGGGGAACUACCAGAACAAGGCGCCGCGGCAACAACCCGCCACGGGCGUCGAGUGAUGCAGGCUCAAUCGUCCAGGAUGCUGUCGAUCUCGGCGAGCCAAUUUAUCGCCCCAUGACUGGACACUUUGGUCACCAUUCUGAGCGCCAGGAUGGCCGAUCGACAAGCCCCCUUUCCCUGCAGCAAACGGCCUGUUCGCCGGUAUAUGGGGAUCCACAAGGAAUUGCACUCGUGGCCGAGGUGUGCGAGCCCGAGCGCCAGGGAAAAAGUGGUCACUUUAUCGUUGCUUCUUUGAGCUCGGACAAUAUCGAUCCCGACACGCUCGAGUACUUGAAACGGAGGGGUUGCUUCGACCUACCCCAUUUCAACAUCCAGCAAGAACUCGUCAAAGCGUACUUCCACUAUGUUCACCCAUUCUUCCCAGUCGUGCAGGCUUCAUCCUUUCUCCAAGCUUUCGGAAGCCCAGAACAGAAGGGGGCCAGCCUCCAACUGCUUUGGAGCGUGUUUCUGGCGGCCGCAAAUUUUGCAGACACCACAACGGUGCAGUCCGCGGGUUUCGAGUCGCGAAAGGCGAUGAAACGAUCAAUGUUCUUACGAGCCAAGGCGCUAUACGAUGCAGAAUACGAACGGUCCAAAAUAACCCUAAUCCAAGCAGUGUUGCUGAUGGGGUUCUGGUAUGCCGACACCGAGGACAGAAUUGGACCAUGGCACUGGAACGGUGUUGCCAUCAGCCUCUGCCAGAGCAUAGGGCUACAUCGUCAACCAGAUGCCAGCUUCAAUGGCUCUCAGAAUGGCCCAUCCGUCAACCGAGAUCUGUGGAUGCAUUUAUGGUGGUCGUGCUUUUUCCGAGAAGCGUGGUUGUCCGUUGGUAUGGGAAGACCGAUGCGAAUUGACCUAGAGCACUCGGAUACGCAGAGGCCCGAUGCAAGCGCCUCUGAGCGUCUUUGCUCGGGGCUGACGGAGGCUCAGCGCCAGGAGUAUCUCCCAGACAACCCUCACGAUCUGUUCCUGCUGUGGGAUGAGCUCCUCUGUGUGACCAGCAUUCUAUCACGAAUCCUGACAGUUCAACAUCUCGCCAAACGGACGCUUUUCAGCCAGUCGGACGUUAUCGAUCUGGAUCGCGAACUCAGGGGACAUCAUGGACAUCUAGAUUACCUCCGGGCGGGUGCCACCGAGCCCGUGCUGACUCUUCACAUGCAUCACUUUGAACUAUUCUUCGAGUCUACACUCAUCACUCUUUACCGCCCAUUUAUCCUACAAAGCCUCGGCCAUCAACCCGCCGCCACCCACGCCAAAGCAACAAGAGAUUGGCUGUCAAGCGCAGAAAGAAAAGCGACCACCGCGGCCAUGAACACCACCAACAUCCUAAGUAACAUGAUCACAGCCGACAUGAUCCGGCUCUCUCAAUCACUGAUUUGCAUUGCGCUUGUGCCGACGUUACAAAUCCACCUCCUCCACUCGGUGUCGCCGCGGAAGUUGGUUCAACGCUUAGGCUGUCAUCAACUGGACUUGUGUAUGAUGGUCGUCAACGAACUCAAGGUCACGUUUUUUGGAGCAGAGAUCCUAUCCCGCCUAUUCACACGAGCGCGAGAUACCAUCAAUUCCAGACGCCGUGGCCUGGAACCCACGCCUGUCGGGCCGGAUGCUGGCAACGUGCGCAGCCCAGAGGGCCGAAGCCGCCACAACGACGAAAUGGCAAUGCCAGCGUCGCCUGUGGUAUGGGAUUCUAACGUUCCCGGUGAUUAUGGGCGCAUGACGGACUCGAGGUACGCUGAUUAUCUCAAAUACUAG